AUGAAUGUGAUGGAUUAUGAGCAAUUUGAUUACUCAUUCACCCCUCCUUACAUGAACCAGCUGCAUGAGUGUAGCUUAGAAAAUUUAUCACCACUCCAAGCAGAAGAUCUCUUAUUUCCAAAUACAAUCCUAGAUGAAAUAUUGUUUGAUCAAGACCAAUCACAAUAUCUCUCAUCUCCAAAUACAAUCCUAGACGAAAUCUUCGAUCAAGAAGAGUCCAUGCAAGGAUUGCUGCAGCAACAUACAAACCUCGACUUCAAUAUCAUAAAUCAUGAACAGGCAAUGGCUCUAGAGUAUGAAUUGUGUGGUGGAGUUACAGAAAAAGGCCGCGAAAAUGUGUUUGUUUCGAGGGAAAAAGAUUCUUAUUGGAAGGAAGUUCAAGAAGAGUUAAUGGAAGAGACAAGUUUAGUUGAUCUUUUGCUGAUAGGAGCUGAAGCUGCUGAAUCACAAAACAUGACUCUUGCUUCUGACAUAAUCGAAAAACUAAACAAUGCCUCGUCUGUAGGAAAAGGCGAUAGUUUAUUGAACAGGUUGUGUCUUUUCUUUACUCAAGGAUUGUAUUAUAAAACUACAAAUGCUCCUAAGUUCCAUUCAGAACAUGUUUCUACACAGACAAGCACAUUCUGUGUGUUUCAGAUACUUCAAGAACUCUCUCCCUAUGUAAAAUUUGCUCAUUUUACAGCCAACCAGGCGAUUUUCGAAGCUACAGCUGGUGUCGAAGAUGUUCAUGUCAUUGAUUUUGAUAUCAUGGAGGGAAUCCAAUGGCCACCGUUGAUGGUUGACUUUGCAAUGAGAAAGAAGACUACUUCCCUUAGAGUAACAGCAAUCACGGUGGAUCUGCAAAGUGAAGCCUCGGUUCAACAAACAGGCAGAAGGCUCAAAGAGUUUGCAGAUUCAAUCAAUUUUCCGUUCACGUUUGAUACGGUAAUGAUGGUGAGUGAAGAAGAUUUCAAAGAAAUUGAACUUGGUGAAACAUUUAUUGUCAAUUGUAUGAUACAUCAGUGGAUGCCAAACAGGAGUUUCUCAUUGGUCAAAGCUUUUCUCGACUGCGUAACCAAAUCAUCACCAAGGCUGGUUGUUUUAGUGGAAGAAGAACUGUUUAAUUUUUCUAGACUCAAAUCCAUGUCCUUUGUGGAGUUUUUCUGUGAGGCUUUGCAUCACUAUAUUGCAGUUUCAGAUUCACUUGUUAGUACUCUGUCGCGUAGCCAUAAGAUGGAGUUAGCCCUUAUAGAGAAAGAGGUUUUGGGGAAUAGAAUCUUAGACAGUGUAAGACAGUUUCCUUGUGAAAAAGAGGAGAGAAUAUUGUGGGAAGGAAGAUUUUUUUAUUCAUUGAAAGGGUAUAAACGUGUUGGAAUGAGUACAUGUAAUAUUUCACAGGCUAAGUUAUUGGUUAGCUUGUUUGGUAAAGGGUAUUGGGUGCAAUUUGAGAACUGUAAGUUGGCUCUGUGUUGGAAGUCAAGACCUUUGACUUCUGUUUCAAUCUGGGUACCAACAGAUUAUAAUAUGAGUGACAAGGUCAAAUAG